AUGCCUACAGCAACCAUCCCCCCCUUCUACAACUUCUUCUUCAAAUAUGUUGACCCUCUCAUCGCCCUCGGAGGAGCAUACCUCAACUUCUUCGACCCAAUCAGCGCUGUAACCGGCAUGGCUCCCAACUCGAAAUACGACCCAGACCAAGUCUUUCUCUUCCAUCAGAGUGGUGGCCUCGCAUUGGCCGUUGCCUUUAUCUCGGCCGUCCUCCCUCGACACACGACGAAUGUCACGACUUGGAGAAUCAUUCAGUUUGCCUUGUUCCUCUCUGAUCUGGCUGGUCUGAGUGGAAUUGGAUGUGCUCUAUGGCGCCAGGGGAGGUUUGCGCCAGCGAAUUGGACAUCUGAUGAUAUUGGUUGUGGAGGAGGCUAUGUGUUUUUGACUCUGGUGCGGCUGCACUUUCUUUUGUAUACGAGCGGAGGUGUCCAAGAAGACGUCAAGCAAAAUUAA